UGUAAAUAUCAUACUGUUCCUUUAACAAAUAAUGUGCUUGAUUAAUUUGAGUACUAUUUUAUCUUGCUUUUCCUUUUUCUGUAUUUGUGUUUUUCUCAUUACCUCUUUUUUUUAAAACUUUCUCUUCACCUAUUCAAGGUUAAUGUUCUUAUUUCUGGAAAUGACAAAAUUGUGCUAUCAAGUUUGCAAUGACACUUGCUAGCAUAUGUCUCCCAAUCUUUAGCAAUGGGGUGGGAUUAAUAUCAUUUGAGAAUGGGGUGACAGGCGGUGAAUAUUUGAAUGGUUGGGAAAAUAACUAGGCCAGGGUACAAAAACUUUGAACAUUUGUGGUUAAAAAAAAAAGUCAAUUUGUGGUGACAUAGGCGAGAAAUAGCUUAACUGGUACUUGGCUGGCGGGAUCUGAAAUAUUGAGAAAGAAAAAAGAGAUUAAAGGGAGUUCAAGUUUUAGAAAUCCAAGGUGAGGUUGUUGGAUAAAAUUGUACAAAGUUAUGUUUUUGAUAAUAUAAUUUGCGAUGAAGAAUCAUGAACGUGUGAAAUAGCAACGACAUAGUUCCUUCACCUGUCGGGAAGUCAGCUCUCUCUGCACUGUAACUUUAUCAAUCAGCAUUCAUUUUCUCUCUCCCCCUCACUGCCUCCCUCCCUCCCUGCAACAGACCUGCCCCAUUUUACUCGCCCGCUGAAACCAAGCAGGAAGUAGCUACAAAGCCACUAAACAAAUGGUACCUCUCAGUCACAUUAAAAAUGUUUUACAUUUUUUUACCGUCCAAAAUAGAGCUGCGAUUUCUGUCCUGUUUAGAACCUGAAAAGGGACACAAAAGGCUGGAGUAACUCAGCGGGUCAGACAACAUCUCUGGAGAGAAGGAAUGGGUGUCGCCUGGCCAUUUCUUUCCCCCCCCCACUGAGGAGGGUGAAGAACUACAAUUCCCAGAGUGCCGUGCUUGUUGCUCAGGCUGUUGCUGGGGACUCGUUGCCUUCCUAUGGUUGCCAUGUAAACACAGGCUUCCAGACAGUCCCACAGGCCCUGAGGAGGCAGGAAAGCUUUCCACCAAAUAUUCAUAUCGUUUAGGAACACACAAAGAAAAUAAUGGAUGUGCUGGAGGAAUCAGAUGAAGAGGGAGAACCCAAAACUACAGUGGGCAAGAAGAAGAGAAGCAGGUCAUAUGUUGCAAAAGUAGACCAACUGGUAUCUCUGAUAUCAGAUAUAGGUGUUAUGCAUUACCCGGAAUCUUAUCAGCAAAACACUGCUAAAGAACAAACCAUGCUACAAUAUGCUGAAAACUUCAGGCAACAGUACGAAUAUCUAUAUCCAGACAGAAAGCCUUUACUUCUGAGUCCUCUUAAUGAAUGUAAAAUGCAGAAGUUUGUGAGCACCACUCUACGGCCUACUUUGCUGAACCACAAGGAACUAUACACUUGGAAAGGGUGUGCCACAUUUGUUUCUGACUUUCUAAUAGUGGAUUCAUUAGACCUCAUCACUGAAGUGCCAUCUUAUUUGUUUUCCUCAACCACUAUCCUGAAAUGUCAAAAAGGAAACUGCUUUGAUUUCAGCACCUUGCUCUGCUCAAUACUGCUUGGCGUGGGGUACAAUGCAUACUGUGUCAGCGGGUAUGCUACGAAGGAAAUGUGUUUGAUGGAUGAGACGAAGGAAAUCUGCCCACUACUGCAAGAAGAUGAUAAGAAUAAGAAGAAAGAAAUAAUACCACCUGUGAAGAAGUACACGGUGAAACCAGUCCGAGAGUUGCAGAGCAAAUUUGAAAUUAACCAGGAAGCCCGUCGGCGAGCAGAAAAGAUAUUAGAUGAUGAACAGAAACAGAAAGAUUAUGAGGAAAUGAUAAAUCUGAAAAUUAAAGGUGCACGUGAUGUCAUGUAUGGUCUGCGGGUCCAUUGUUGGGUUCUGGUGCUUGCAGGCAAAAGAGACGUCCCAGAGAACUUCUUCAUUGACCCUUUCACAGGAAACAGCUAUGAAACUACAAAUGAACGAUUCUUGGGGAUUGAAAGCAUCUGGAACCAUAAGAAUUACUGGGUGAACAUGCAAGACUGCAAAUUUGGCGUCAAGAAUGUACGUUUUGACCUUAGUGACCCUGUAAAAUGGGAGUAUAUGCUACCAUCUGAGAAUCAAGAAAUUGUCGCUCCUGAUUCGUAUGAGUACCUGGAUGAGGGUGAAGAUGACGAUGAAAAAGAUGUAGAAAAGAUUUUUGACAUGCCUCCAUCAUGGGCUCAGCGAAUUGUUAUUCCUGCUAAAGACAUUGAAACACGCUGUCCAAAAGGUGAAAAGAUAAUUCAGUAUAAGAAGGCGAACUUGGAGAAGUAUGCGCCUUACUUGAACAUAGAUGGGAUGGUGAAGCGAUUAAUCGAAUAUGAGGAUAUUGAAUGUACUUCUUUUCUGAAGGUGACAGAGUGGUAUGCAAACAGAAGAGACAAUCUGGAGAAAAUUGAACGUAACAUGAAAACUCGGACCAUUACGGAGUAUUUUAGAAACGGCCGACAUCUGGCACUCAGAAAACACGUCUUCCGAUCAUCCGAGCCAGAGACCGACAGGACAAUGAAAUUCAAUGGAAAGCUUCGUGUGGAUGGGCUGAUGAGCAGAGUGGAAACUCCUACAGAGAUGAUAGGGAAGUUCAGGGACAGGCCAGACUUCCUCAUUUACAGACACACAGUCUUUGCCAAACGACUGAAGAAAGUGAAGCUCCCUGGAGCUAGUCACUCAAACUACCGCACCAUUCUAAAAAUAACAGAACGCUUUGCCAGAAACAGAAAUAAGCCAGCCCACCAGGAUGUGGCAGAGCAAAUAUUCCUGAUCACUUCAGAGCAUGUUCAGCUGACGUAUCAUCGUGAGGAUGACAGGAUCACAGCAGUGAAGAGAGAAUUCAUCCUCCCACCAAACCUGAUGCAAAAAGAUGACCAGGAGGUUAACAUGGACCAGAUUGUUAUGACGUUUGAGGUUGACCCUCUGGUGAAGCCAUGUAAAAACGUGGUUCUGUAUCAGACGAUGAUAGGACUUAUGAAGGCACAAACUACAUCAAUGCAAGCUGUUAGAGAUUCUGAGCAUGAGGUACGUGAAAUUCUCAAGGACAGGGCAACAGAACGUAGAGCGAAUGAACUGACCAUCUCAGUGUAUGACACAGAAAGAAAUGAGAAAGCUAAAGAACACAGAAGAACUCAGAUGCGUAUAGAGGAGGAGCAGCGGUUGCGGCGUGCCGAGGAGGAGGUGGAUUAUCUCGCACCUUUCCUUGCUCGGCUUGGUCAACCCAAGAAGAUCACCAAGAAGGUAGCCAUGACGCUUCGCAGUGACUGCCUGGCAGACAUGAAGCAGAGGCUGAUCGACAAAGCCAAUCUUAUUCAAAGUCGCUUUGAGAAGGAGGCUUUGGAGCUCCAGAAUAAACAGCAAUGGUACCAGCAGAACCAGAUAUCCAUGACCAAGGAAGAUGAACAGGCCUACUUGUCCUACUGCUCUGAGGCCAUGUUCCGAAUUCACAUCCUUGAAUUGCGCCUCAACAGGCACAAAGAGAGAGCGCCAACCAGGUACCUGGCUCUGGAGGACAAGAUUCGCAAAGACUCACGAUUGGCCAAGAAAUUAAAGGACUGCUGAAUGUGUUCAUUGCCCACUGCAGUGCAAACCAUGAUCUGGGGAAAAUGAUUGAUGUGCAGGAGACUUUGUGCAAUCCCAGAAACACCAUUUCAAAAUAAAAAUAAAAACAUGGUCUGAGCGGGUUCAUAUGAAUAGUUUUGAUUAAUAAGAAUUAAUGAUUUAACAGAAAAUACUGGAAACGCAGAACAGGUCAGACAGGAUCUGGAGAUAGAGGUACAUUUCAGGUCUAAAAUUCUUUACUGGAAAUGGGGAAAAAGGGAAAAUAAUUUAGUUUUAAUUUGCAGGGAAGGAGAUGGAAUUAACAAUGGAGAGGGGGAAGUUAUGAUUGCAAAGGGAUAAAUUGUAGAGGUUGUUGAGGUCAUCUAACCAAUUAAAUAAUGCAGUGAGAGAAAGGGAAUGACAAAAGUCAUAAAAUAAGGGGUAUUAGAGUGUGAGAAUAUAAGCAAAGGAAGACAAGUCACAAAAUACAGGGCUAAAACAUUUGUUCAGAAGAUUAGGCUGUGUUAAUGAAGAGAAAAUAUUCCAGAUUGAUGACUUGCAGCAGAAACAGCCAGUUCCUAUACAGACACAAAAGCAAGUUAUCUGAAGUGGUGGCUCCCAAAGGUUGCAUUGUGAGCAGAUGAAAGAUGAAUUGCUUUUCAUAAACCUUUUCUUGAGCCUUGAACAGUGCAGGCCAUAAAUAGGUCAGGUUAGCAGUGUAAUGGAGAAUUAAAAGGGCAGGCAGCAGGAAGCUGUCAUCCCUGUGGACAGACGCCAGUACUCUACAAAGCAGUCACCCACUAUGCAUUCACAACUGCUGCCUGGCCUGUUGAGUGUUCCCAGCAUCGUCUGUUUUUAUCUCAGAUUUCCAGCAUCUGCAGUUGUUUUGAUUUUUGUUUGAAGAUUUGAUUGUAUACAUCAACAUAUUUUAUGUAAUAAAGUUCUGAAUGUGAUCAGUGAAGGAUUCCAGGUGAUGAAACUUUACAUUUCCCAUUCAAUAGAUGUUAAAAUGUACAGACAGGAGGAAAUCUCCUUGGAGCUUCCUCCAUUCACCAUAUCCUCGGUACAUGUUCUUGAGAGACAGUCCAACCAUACUGCUGUUUGUUGUCUAAUUAUCUGGAAAUUUUCAUUCUUCAUCAUUUGCAUUUGGCACUAUCGAUUUACCUUAGUCUUACGUUUGCUCAUUCUUGAAGGUUUUUUUAUUCAGACUCAUCUACAGUUCCCUGUAGUCACUUUAAAUGUGGACUCUUCUUACCCACCCCUUCCAAACCGUUCCCCAUACAGUACUUGGUCUUGUUGAGCCACCUUUGACUCCAACCAUUAAUCAUCUUCUGGUCUGAGAAGCUGAAACUGAGAUUUCCCAUUAAACAAGACAGAUCACCUGCAAGCUCUAUUUUUUGUUUUAGUAUAGUUUAGAGACACAGCGUGGAAAAAGGCUCUUUGACCCACCAAGUCUACGCCGACCAACGAUUACCCAUACACUAGUUCCAUGUUAUCCAAAUUUUGCAUCCUAUAUUGUAGGGGUAAUUUGCAAAAGCUAAUUGACCUACAAUCCUGAACAUCUUUGGUAUUUGAGGAAACCGGAGCACCCGGAGAAAACCCAUGCAGUCACAGAGAGAGCGUACAAACUGUACAGCCAGCACCCGUAGUCAGGAUCGAACAUGGGUUCCUGGCACUGUAAGGCAGCAACUCUACCGCUGCGCCACCGUAAUGCCCUAUUAUUGAAAAUGCACGAGGUGCAGGAGAAAAUCUGCUGCAACUGCAAUUCAGGAUUUGAUACAACCAUAUUAAUCCUGGGAUGUGUAAACUGGCCACAUGUACAAGUAAAGUUUAGACUCCUGCUCUGUGAAGUACAGUUCUAAAUCAUUAACAAUGAUGCAGCCUGACCUGCUGAGUAUCUCAAACAUUUUACUUCCGUUUACUUCCACUUUAAUUGGCCAGUGCGCUACCAAUCUGGCCUAUCUAUCUACGGCCUCCUGCAAAGUUAUAAUAAAGUCCAGCAAAAGGUUUAUGAACAGCAAUUGAUCUUCUCUUUGGCCAUGUUGCAGUCUUUGGAAAUAAAGAAUUCCACAACCUCAGCUAACUUGGUUUCUCUGCACCAGAACUGGUUGUUUCUGCUACAAAUAAUCAAUCUAUGACAUUGACUCAAUUUUGUCCUCUUCAUUAUGACGCCCUCAUCUGGCUGGCAUGUGUAUUUGCCUUGUAUUUUAUGACUUUUGCUUUGCUUGAAUUCUCACCCUAAAAUGCACACCAUCGUGCACAUUUAACAAGGUCUUGUACCACGUCUCUAUCUUCCACACGAUGGAGGCAAACCGUGUCAAUUUAUGAAUGGAAAAUUAGCACGGAUACAUUAGAUUGGUCAAGCACCAUCUGUGAAAUUAGAAACAACCAGUGUUCGAAUAGAAUACCUUUUAUAAAGUGUUGUUGCCAAAUGUUAUUGAGAUGAAAUGUCAACAGAUGCCACCUGACCUGCUGUGUGUUUUCAGCAUUUUUACUUUUACACCAUAUCAGGAUGUGGUGCACAACUAGAACAAGUUGAAACAGCAUGAAAUCAGCAUUCUCUCUCAUUUAAUUUAAGGAAGGUGCUAUCCAGAAGUAUACUUCUCCAGACUUGAUAACAGUGCCCAUGCCAUUAAAAUAUAUUAAUAUUAAAACCAUUUAAAAUAAUUUUACUGAGUAAAUGAUUCUUACAGAAAAGUGCCCCUUUUGGACCACUACAUGCUUACAAUAGAAAAGGCGUAUGAGAUUUAAAAUAUUUUCAAUUUUGCAUUUCAAUGAAAUGGUCGUUAGGUUUCUAUUACAAGAACCAUACAUGAUCCAAUAGUGUGAUGAUACCAAGCCA